AUGAUAAAUGAAAACAUUCCAGAAAUUGAACCUGGGGAAAUAAGUUUUGGUAUGGCUUUUGGAUCCAUAGAAGAUUAUAGAGAUCAUUUAAGGGAAUAUUCAGUGUUGAAACAUAGGGAUUUUAAAGUGAAGAAGGCAGAUAGGACUAGACAUUAUGCAUAUUGUGUGAACAAGGGUUCCCAAGGAUGUGAAUGGAAAGUGAAUGCAAGACUGUGUCUAAAGGAAGGCACAAUCACAUUAAGAGAGUGUAACAUGAAACACACCUGUAAAAAUCUGAAUGCAAACCACAGUAGAAAAUGCAAUGCCAAAUUUGUAGCUGAAUAUUUGUUGAAGACUAUGGAUGUGGGUUCACCAGUGGACAAGGCAGAGCAUAUAGCCAAGAAGAUCAUUAGUCCCAAGUUGCAACUGACAUACCAUAUUGGGUUGCCAAUGAUGCAAGAGUAUAAAUUGGUUUUAGCAGAGUUGAAGGGAACUUUUGAGAGUUCUUACACAAAAGCACCACAACUGGUCACAACUGCUACUUCUUUGAACCCAAACAGCAUAGGACAUUUCAGUUGGACCAAAGAGGGUGAAGAUAACAGAUUUGAGUCUGUCAUUUUAGCCUAUGAUGCACAGAUAAAAGGUUUUUUGAAUGGUUGUAGAAAGGUAAUUGGCUUAGAUGGAGCUCACAUAAAUGGUAAGAUAGGUGGUACAAUGCUUGCAGCCACUGGUAUAGAUGGUCAGAAUGGGGUAUAUCCAAUUUGUGUGAUGUUUACUACAAGUGAAAAUGAAGAAAACUGGUUCCUGAUGUUGAAAGAAUUGAGGAAAAGGAUUCCAGAUAUGGAUAGACUUACCUUUAUUUCUGACAGAAUGAAGGGCAUACUUGAAUCAGUUAAAAGGCAUCUUUACUUGAAUUUCAUGACCAAGGGAUUCAGGAAUCCAAGACUAACAUAA